GUGGGGGACUCUCCACUCCUCUGUGUGUGUGUGUGAAUGUACCUGGGCGAGUUAUGGAAAAGACCAUCUCCUGCAGUUAAUUAAUACAACAGGGAUGAUGUGGCUGCUCCAUGUUCUACAUCAUUGUUGUUUUAUAAGGCCGGGCACCCAGGGAUUUGCAGGGUAAAAGGCACUGGAAUAGAAGUUUCAGGUCAAUGUUCUGGUUCAUUUCUUCAUGGGAUUAUUUAUUCACAAUAUUCUUGGAACCAAUUCAAUCUUUGUCUCUCCCUGCACAUGCAUAGUUCAUCAAGUUUCCCCAGAGUACAUAACCUCUGGAGGAAGGUGGAGUUAGCAGGGUUAGCUUUAAUAUAUUAUGAACUAUAUCAUUUCCAAAGGACUUAAGUUGGCUUGUGCACGGAAAGGCUGAAUUUUCCUCUUUGCCUCCUCUACAAUCCCAACGUUUGAUCAGGCCAGUCAAAGCAGCAGACUCUGUGCAGAUGGAUUUCAUUGCUGGAGCCAUUGGAGGUGGCUUAAGUGUUGCUGUGGGUUAUCCACUGGAUACAGUAAAGGUGAGAAUUCAGACGGAGAGGAGCUAUAAUGGAAUUUGGCACUGCAUUCGAGAAACAUACAAAGCAGAGAAAGCAUGGGGAUUUUACAAAGGCAUGUCACUGUCAGUCUCCACAGUGUCGCUUGUUUCUUCUUUUUCAUUUGGGGCAUACAGAAACUUCCUUUAUAACAUCUGCAGAUUAAGAUAUGGCACUUCAGACGUGAAGCCAUCAAAGGUGGAUAUUUCUGUUGCUGGAUGUGCUACUGGUGCUGUUCGGGUGGUGCUAAUAUCGCCUACUGAAACAGCUAAAGUUCGAAUGCAAACACAGAAGCAAUCACAUUACUCAGUUACAGCAUCUCACCUCUCCAAGCCAAAGUAUCAAGGACCUGUGCAUUGUCUGAGGAUGAUAGCAAAGGAGGAAGGUUUUGGGGGUCUAUACAAAGGUUGUUCUGCAUUACUGUGCAGGGACUGCCACUCAUUUGCAACAUAUUUCCUAACCUAUAAUAUCCUGUGUGAUUGGUUUACUCCCGCUGGAAAAAAUAAACCAGACAUACUGACUGUGCUUAUUUCUGGUGGCUCUGCUGGAGUGUUUGGGUGGGCCGUAGCUACUCCUAUGGAUGUAAUUAAAUCACGGCUGCAAGUAGAUAACUUGGGCCAGCGCAAGUACAGAGGACUCAUACACUGCAUCCGAGUCAGCGUGAAAGAAGAAGGAAUAAGAGUUCUUUUCAAAGGACUUGGAUUAAACUGCAUUCGUGCUUUUCCAGUGAACAUGGUGGUGUUUGUAACAUACGAAGGUGUAAUGAGACUUGCAGAACAUCUUAUGAAGUAAAAGCAUGUUACAUCACUCGGUUCUAAGGUGGCUGCUUCCUUUGAGAAGACUUUUCAUUAUAACAGAACACUCAAACAACAGCCCACCAACAGAGGUCUUGGGUGAAAUCAGUAGACUUAUGGGGGAGUGAAAUGCAGAAUUGGAGAGAAGUGGCUGAUGACAACUACAUUGUGUCCAUUUAGUUGUCUUGUCAAGUUGUCUCCUACUUUUGAAUAAACUUGAUCUAACUUGUGUAGCACCUCUCUCCACUUGGUUACCUGUUUUAGCGGAAAUAUCUUUACAGGCUUUGACAGACAGGCGUGGGUUUUUCUGGAUCCUGCCUCAGCUCAGUAGGGUGUAACUUCUGUAUUCCCAUAUGAAUUUAUUUGGCGGUGCCUCCACCCCCCUUGCUCCUUCCUGGCAGGGCAGGGUCACCAGGGCAGCUUGGAAGUAAAAUUCUAACUAUAGGUAACCCCCACUUACUUGCCAACUCCCAAGAAAUAACACAAACAUACAAACACAGUAACUAUAUUAAACAGGAAGUAAAUAUCACAGGGUAAAACACUACUCUCAGGGUCACCGAUGCCCACACUGAUAAUAUCCAUCAAUUUCCCCAGUCAUGUGACCUGAUAUAGCAAAUGUAAAAUUAGUGUCCCGUUGGUGUACGCACUUUGUAGGGGCCCUUGACCACAAUAUUGUCUGAGCAGCAAUUAGCAACUUGACUGAUUUGGCUUAGUGCAGCCCAACAGACUCUCACUUGGGAUAAGGCGGUAAGCCCCUCCACAGGUUAAUAGGCAGGAUUUUUCCCAACAAAGCCCUCUAAACUGGGAGUUGCCUCGAAGAAAGGGCCAAGCUGAGAGAUUUUGCAUCCAGGUCCCCAGAGACCGGUUCUCAGGGGGAACCCUGCAUACAGGCCCGGGACUCACCAGCUCCUCACACUGCCAAUCCUGUCCUUUUUGUGUCUGGCUCCAGAC